UCCGGCAUGGCCGAGGUGCGGCAGCGGCCCGGGCGCGGCCCCGGCGGGGCCCGGGACCCCCAGGACAAGGAGUCAGAGUCUGAGAACAGGCUGGAUGGAGAGACAGCGUCAGACAGCGAGAGCAGAUCGGAGUUUGGAGGUUCAUCCACGGUGCAGACAUCAGAUGACACCCCAGAGGUCCUGAACAGAGCUCUGUCCAACCUGUCCUCAAGAUGGAAGAAUUGGUGGGUGAGAGGCAUCCUCACGCUGGCAAUGAUCACCUUCUUCUUCAUCAUCAUCUACUUGGGGCCCAUGGUCUUAAUGACAAUAGUGAUGUGUGUCCAGAUCAAGUGUUUCCACGAGAUCAUCACAAUUGGCUACAACGUGUACCACUCGUAUGACCUGCCCUGGUUCAGGACACUCAGCUGGUACUUCCUGCUCUGUGUGAACUAUUUCUUCUAUGGUGAGACGGUGACAGAUUAUUUCUUCACCCUGGUGCAGAGGGAGGAGCCCCUGCGGAUCCUCAGCAAGUACCACCGCUUCAUCUCCUUCGCCCUCUACCUGACAGGUUUCUGUAUGUUUGUCUUGAGCCUGGUGAAGAAACACUAUCGCCUCCAGUUCUACAUGUUCGGAUGGACCCACGUGACAUUGCUGAUCGUUGUCACCCAGUCCCACCUCAUCAUUCACAACCUGUUUGAAGGGAUGAUCUGGUUCAUUGUGCCCAUCUCCUGUGUGAUCUGCAAUGACAUCAUGGCCUACAUGUUCGGGUUCUUCUUCGGCCGCACGCCGCUCAUCAAGCUCUCCCCAAAGAAGACCUGGGAGGGUUUUAUUGGAGGAUUUUUUUCCACUGUUUUGUUUGGAUGGCUGCUGUCCUAUGUGAUGUCUGGGUACCGCUGCUUCACCUGCCCCGUGGAGUUCAACAACGAUACCAACAGCUUCACGGUGGACUGUGAGCCCUCCGAGCUGUUCCAGCUGCAGGAGUACAACAUCCCCCUGGUGCUGCAGUCUGUGGUGGGCUGGAAGACGGUCCGGAUGUACCCCUUCCAAAUCCACAGCAUCGCCCUCUCCACCUUCGCCUCCCUCAUCGGGCCCUUCGGAGGCUUCUUUGCCAGUGGGUUUAAGAGGGCCUUCAAAAUCAAGGACUUUGCCAACACCAUCCCGGGGCAUGGAGGGAUCAUGGACCGCUUUGACUGUCAGUACCUGAUGGCCACCUUUGUCAACGUGUACAUCGCCAGCUUCAUCAGAGGUCCCAACCCAAGCAAACUGAUCCAGCAGUUCUUGACCCUGAGGCCAGACCAGCAGCUCCACAUCUUCAACACGCUCAAAGCACACCUGGUUGACAGGGGAAUUUUGGGGAGUCUGGAGGACGCGUAGGCACCAGGAGAGUGGGACAGGACUGAGCACAGACAGGCCUCCAAGAGGAAAUCCCUGGCUUGCCUGAUUUAAGACAAUAACAAGGCCUCAUUUCACUGUAACUUUUCUUCCUUUCUUGGUAAAUGUUUGCAUUUGUGGGUUUUUUUAAAUAAUAUAUUUAUAGAGCUUUGGUUCAAACGAGCGAAUCUUGGGUUUGGAGCUGAGGAGGAGUAAAGGUUUGGAAGGACUGCAGGGUGAAGCAGGAGGGUGGGACUGUCCUCAGGGACUGUUCUGAACCUUUGCAGUGUUUGGGCAGUGCUGAGCUUUUCCUGUGAGUGGGUUUUUGCAGGGAAUACAGAGCGUUGUCCGUGUGGAGCUGGCAGGGAAGUGACUCCGUGCCCUCCCCUGGCUGCUGUGCCAGGCUGGUGGCAGCUCUGGGGACCAUCCUUCUCUCCAGUGGGACCUGGGAAUGCAAUGGGAAUUCUCCCAGAAAGCUGUGGGAAUCUCCUUGCCCAGGCUCUGGUAGUUGGAAGAGGACCUUAUACUAACCCAGCCCUGUUUCCUCUGCCCAGCCAGGCACCUGCAGCUGCUCUCACUUGCUGGUUUUUGCAGUGCCUCUCACAUUCCCUCCUUUUGUGGCUGAUAUUUUGGCAAAUGAGACUUUUGUAACUAUUUAAACCAGGAACAGACUGGGGACAAGGAGCCAAGGAACUGGGAGUUGCGUGUGGGAAUGUGGGAGGUUCAAAUUGCUUCAAAACUGCUUGAAGUAAAUAAGUUUUAAAGAACAUUAAAGCUUCAUUAAUUCCUGCCAAGUAAGAACAACCCUUAAAUAACUUGGUUCAUUUUCCCCCGUUAAAUAACCUUUAAGAACCACCCUUUUCCAUUUCUUGAUGGUUGGAACCCCCUCACUGGGAUAUUUUAAGUAAUUUGGGGAGCAGUUUCCAGCCUGUUUUCUUGCUGGUUGGGCUCCAGCUCUGCUGGGGCUCCACUGGGAGUUUUGUUUUCUUUCAGGGAUCAUGUCUUUUUGUUACUUGAGUUGUAGAUGUUGUGCUGCUGAGUUUACCACGGUCUAUGUUGCAUUUCAGUCUGGGUUCAUUUCUCUGCAGGCUUCUGUCCUGCUUUGCUCACUGAAUCUUGUCAGAAAUAGUUUGUACUUAAUAGCUGCAGGUUUUAUUGAAGUACUUUCCUUUAUUUUGUCAUACUUUUUUAUUAUUUAAAAUUGAGAGCCCUAAAGAUUGUAAAACUUCUUUUUUUUUUUUUUUUUGUGCUCAGAUAGCAAAAAUAUCCCCAUUUCCACCUUAUGCAAUGUUCCCAAACACGAGGUGACUCUGAUUUUCCUUCUUUCCAUAGUUUGUGCAUGGGAGAGAGAAACCUUACCUUAUUUUAACCUGGGGAGGGGGUGACAGGGAGAGUUAAUACAGAAGUACACUGGUGUUUUGCAGCAGUAGCUGACACAACCCUUAGGCACAGACCCCCCAUAAGAGACCUGUACCUGCUGCAGCCUGGCUUAGCCUCGACAGAAAAUAAACUGCCUGAAAAUACCCCGAAAUCACUUUUUCCUCCAUAUUCUGGUUCUGCCAUUGCUUCCAUUUCCCCCGAGUGUGCAAGAGAGCUUGUGUGUGUGUGUAAAUAUACUGAACAGAUCCAGCCUCUCCCCUGCAUUUCUGUAGGACCCUGUGCUGGGCUCUGCUUCCUCUCCCCAGACAGGACCCACAGGGCAGGAAUUUGUACUACAAAUGCAGGGAUUUGAUGGAAAGCACAGAGGAAGGGGCUGUUUCCAGGGAGUGUUUUCAGUGUGGUGCUGGCAAAGCUGCUGCACUGUUUGUGGUGUCUGUUCCUUCCCAGCUUGAAUUAGGCAGGGAUUUAUUUUCUGUCCUCUUAGAGAAUAUUGGUCCAGGCCCCUCAUUUGCAACCUGGAGAGGAGGCUUAAGGUGCUUCCACCUUGCUUUGCCCAGGGAGAAUAUUUGGGCUGUGUUUCAUCACAUUUUGGGUGAUUUCAGCAAGGCAAAGUGAGGGCACCUGCCAGGAGCAUCCAUGGGAAUAGGUGUGGGGGUGCUUUGUGCAGUCCCUGGAUCAUUUUGCCCUGUGGGGUUGGACCAGCUGGUUCUUUUCAGGGUUCCCCUGCCCACACCUGCCAAAACCCCUUGUGGGUACUGUGGGGUCACAGGCAGAGGUGAUGGUGUUGGUAAAUAUUCCAAAAGUGUGCUCUGUUUAUAUUGAGAAGUUUUUCCACUGGGUCUUUAGUCUCCUGCUCGUCUGCUUUGACCCUUCUCUGUACCUCUUCAGUUGUGAUUAGUGGGGCAAAACCCGACCCAAGGCUUUGCUUCAGGCUUUGCUUUGAGGCAGAUCUGGGCCUUUCUGGAGGGUGCAAGUGCUGUGUGUGGGCACUGGAGGGCAAAGUGGUUCCGUUCAGAGGCUGCCCGGGCUGGUAGAGCAGCAGCAGCUCUGCCUGUGGGUGGCUUCCCUGAUCAGCUUUAUUCCUACUUCCUUCCCAGCAGUGCAGGAAAAGGGUGAACUUCCAAGCCUCUGCUGAUCUGAAGGAGAAGGCUGAGUGGAAAGGGUUUAGUAUCCUGCAUGGAAGUUUAUUAAACUGAGUGGAAACAGUGGAGCCACAGAGGAGGAAGGGAGGGAGAUGGGGGUUGUUAAGGAUAUUUGCAAGUUGUACAGCUGGACUUAGAGAAUCCUGGGAUGCUUUGCGUUGGAAGGAGCCUGAAAGAUGAUUUUGUUCCAACCCCUGCCAUGGGCAGGGAACCUUUCACUAGGCCUGGUUGCUCCAAGGCACAUCCAGCCUGAUCCUGAACACUUCCAGGGGUGGGGAGUUCACAACUUGCUGAGAAAAAAUGAACAGCUGAUGUUACUGGCCUUGGUUGUCCCUCAAGGGAUGUGCACGUGGCCCCUCUUUUCCAUUGUGUUAGGCCUUGCAGGACCUUGGUGAUGCUGUUUGGGGGGAGGCUGAUGUAGAGAGGCCAGAGUGACCCCAGGGAUGGCUAGGAAGGAGAUGCUCAAGGGAUGUUUCUCCAGCUCAGGGCUCGAGCUCAGGUUGCACCGUAGUUUUGGUUCCCAGUGGGCUCCAGCACUGGAGAAGUUCCUCCUGCUUGUGCCAAACAAAUAGGAAGAGCAGAGCAAGGGGGAGGUCCUGUGUCAGCUGGAAUGUGUGCUUGGAUUGAGAGGAAGAGGCAAGUAGGAUUUGGCCAGUGUGGAGCUUCUGAGGGCAGGAACAGGCUGGUGUGGGAGCCACCCCUGCGCCAGUGUCACCAGAACAGGCAGAGAGGGAUGUGGGAGUGUUACAAAGGGAUGGCAUGUGGCUGGAAAGCUGCUGUUGUGUGGAGUGAGGGGCUGGCUGUGCUGGGGAGGGCACUGAGCACCCCCAGCUCUGUUUGCCAGUGGAUGGUUUGGGUGGAACUUUUGGUUUGGCUGGGUUUGAUUCCCAGCCUGAGCUGGCACGGGCUGGGUCUGCAAGACAAGCACUUGGCACGCUGGGGUAGGAAUUUGCUUCUCCACGUCUGGUUGUGUCCCAGAUGAGUUUGCAGAUGGGAUGCAGGGUCAGCCCGUGGCCCAGAGUGCUCAGGGAAGCCCCAAACCUGGUUUGUGCAGUCGUGUUGUGUCCUGUGUGAUCAGCCUGUGUUAAAUAGAUCCUUUGGGGUGAGGGGCUCAGCAGUGACACCAAUUCCUGGGGUUCCUGGUGCCCCGUGUGGCUCACGGAGCUGGAGAUCCCCCAGCAUCACCUGAAGCUUGGCACCAGGCUGUGAGAUGCCAGUAACAUUUUCCAAGGGAUGUCUCCUGUUUCCAGUAUGUGCAGUGAGCUCCCGCAGGCCUGGCUGUGGUGGGAUCCCACCCUCUCUGUGUGGGAGCAGGGCAGAGCUGUGUGUCAGCACCCAAACGGCCCCUCCAGCCCCUCCUGGCACAGGUCAGUCACAAAAGGCAUCAUGGGGAAGCUCCCAGGGUUCCUCCCUCCGUGCCCAGCCCUGGGGUGGCACUUUGUGCUGCUGUCAUCCCUGUGUGCCCUGCUCUCCAGCCCUGGCGUGUCCCCACCAUCGGCUUCUUUCUCUGUGCAUUGUUCUUUUGGUUCCUGUUUUAGCUGCACACGUAGAGUUGCCUUCCUUUGACCGAAUGUUCGAAUGUGAUAUAUUGUAUAUUUUAAAGUAUUUACCCUAUUUAUAUACUGUAUGUUACUGUUAAAUAAAUAUAAGUUCCAUUA